CCGCAGCUCCCGGAAGUGCCGCGGCUUCCGGAAGUGUUGGGUUGGCUGACUAAGCCGGGUGCUAGCGGGGAUAUUGGGGGGCGGCAGGGGGCGGGGUUCGGGGUGCCGCCGCCGCCAGCCGCUGUCGCGUGCCCAGGCCGGGGCGGCAUGAUGGAGGAGGAGGAGCUCGAGUUCGUGGAGGAGCUGGAAGCCGUGCUGCAGCUCACCCCGGAGGUGCAGCUCGCCAUCGAGCAGGUGUUUCCAAGCCAGGAUCCUCUGGAUAGAGCAGAUUUCAAUGCUGUGGAAUACAUUAAUGCCCUUUUCCCAACAGAACAGUCUCUGGCAAACAUAGACGAAGUUGUGAACAAAAUUCGAUUGAAAAUAAGGAGACUGGAUGACAACAUUCGAACAGUUGUGAGAGGUCAGACUAAUGUGGGGCAGGAUGGAAGGCACGCAUUGGAAGAGGCUCAGAAAGCCAUCCAGCAACUCUUCGGCAAAAUUAAGGAUAUCAAAGACAAAGCAGAAAAAUCAGAGCAAAUGGUUAAGGAAAUUACUCGGGACAUUAAACAGCUAGACCACGCCAAACGCCACCUGACCACUUCCAUAACCACGCUGAACCACUUGCACAUGUUGGCAGGGGGUGUUGAUUCUCUUGAAGCCAUGACAAGGCGGCGACAGUAUGGAGAAGUUGCCAACCUUCUACAGGGCGUAGUGAACGUCUUGGAACACUUCCACAAGUACAUGGGAAUUCCACAGAUUCGACAGCUUUCAGAGAGAGUAAAGGCAGCCCAGACUGAGUUAGGACAACAGAUCCUGGCUGAUUUUGAAGAAGCUUUUCCUUCCCAGGGCACCAAGAGGCCGGGAGGCCCCAGCAAUGUCCUGCGAGAUGCAUGUCUGGUUGCUAAUGUUUUGGAACCCAGGAUCAAACAGGAAAUCGUCAAGAAGUUUAUUAAGCAGCACCUGUCUGAGUACCUGGUGCUCUUUCAAGAAAACCAAGAUGUUGCCUGGCUUGACAAAAUUGACAGACGCUAUGCCUGGAUAAAACGCCAACUUGUGGACUAUGAAGAGAAAUAUGGGCGUAUGUUUCCACAUGAGUGGUACAUGACCGAGAGGAUUGCUGUAGAGUUUUGCCAUGUCACAAGGGUGGAACUUGCCAAGAUUAUGCGUACCCGAGCAAAGGAGAUAGAGGUGAAAUUGCUUCUGUUUGCUAUUCAGAGGACUACCAACUUCGAGGGACUUCUAGCCAAGCGCUUCUCUGGCUGUACCCUGUCAGAUGGUGCUCCGAAAAAGGUAGAGGUCCCUCCUCCCUCCACCAAUCCUUUCCUGGAAGAUGAACCUGGCCCUGAGAUGGAAGAAUUGACAAUGGACAAAGGGGAUUUAGAUCAGCCAAAGAAGCCAAAGGUCCCAGAAAACCCAUUUCAUGGUAUCAUAUCCAAGUGUUUUGAGCCUCAUCUCUACGUGUAUAUUGAAUCCCAGGACAAGAACCUUGGAGAACUGAUUGAGCGAUUUGUUGCUGAUUUUAAGGCCCAGGGGCCUCCCAAACCAAACACCGAUGAAGGCGGUGCCGUGCUGCCCAGCUGUGCUGACCUCUUUGUCUAUUACAAGAAGUGCAUGGUACAGUGCUCCCAGCUCAGCACUGGGGAGCCGAUGAUUGCUCUGACCACCAUAUUCCAGAAAUAUCUCCGGGAAUACGCAUGGAAAAUACUCUCUGGCAACUUACCAAAGACCACCAGCACCAGUGGAGGGCUGACCAUUAGUAGCCUCCUCAAGGAGAAGGAGGGCUCUGAAGUGGCCAAGUUCACUCUAGAGGAGCUCUGCCUUAUCUGCAGCAUUCUGAGUACAGCUGAGUACUGCUUGGCCACAACCCAGCAGCUUGAAGAAAAACUCAAAGAAAAAGUUGAUGCAAGUCUGAUUGAAAGGAUCAACUUGACCGGGGAGAUGGACACAUUCAGCACUGUCAUCUCCAACAGUAUUCAGUUGCUGGUUCAGGAUCUUGACGCUGCCUGUGAUCCUGCUCUUACUGCCAUGAGCAAGAUGCAGUGGCAGAAUGUUGAACAUGUUGGUGACCAGAGUCCAUAUGUCACCUCUGUGAUUCUCCACAUAAAGCAGAAUGUCCCCAUCAUCCGGGACAACCUGGCCUCCACACGCAAGUACUUCACUCAGUUCUGCAUCAAAUUUGCAAACUCCUUCAUUCCCAAGUUUAUCAACCAUCUAUUCAAGUGCAAGCCAAUUAGCAUGGUGGGAGCAGAACAGCUGCUGCUAGAUACCCAUUCUCUGAAGAUGGUCCUCCUGGAUCUGCCUUCCAUUGGGUCACAAGUGGUGAGGAAAGCGCCUGCCAGUUACACCAAAAUUGUCGUGAAGGGCAUGACCCGAGCUGAGAUGAUCCUGAAGGUGGUUAUGGCCCCUCAUGAGCCAUUGGUGGUGUUUGUGGACAACCUCAUCAAACUCCUCACAGACUGUAACACAGAAACCUUCCAGAAGAUCCUGGACAUGAAGGGCCUUAAGAGAAGUGAGCAGAGCAGCAUGCUGGAACUCUUCCGCCAGCGGCUCCCUACCCCACCAUCAGCAUCAGAGGGGACUGGCUCUACAUCCCUGACAGCACCAACACCUGAACAAGAAUCAUCCCGCAUCCGAAAACUGGAGAAACUCAUCAAAAAGAGGCUUUGAGCAGGCAGGAGAGGGUCCCUUUGCCAGAGAGUGGCCCAUCCUCCAACCCUUAGCAGGCUGCUGUCCUGGAAGGCCCUUAGGCCUCCCUUCCCCUCUCUCUAAUUCUCAGAUGAGCAUCAUUCUCCUCGUGUUUUACUGGGAAAUUUGGGUUUAUUAAUGUACAUUUGCCAUGUUAUGUGGUUACUCCUUCCCCAAGCUAUGAAGCCAGUUUGGGAAGGGAAAAAGAAAAUGGGAGGGUUGUGUAUUUCACUGUUUGAGACUCUAUUACCAGGGGCUAUUUCGGAGCCAUCUUUAAUCCCUAAAAACAGUCUUAAGACAGAAUCAAGUGGAAGUUUGCUUUUAAUUUUCAUCCACUGUUGUGCAGAUUUUGAGAGACUUAUUGCCAUGUCACCUCUAGCUGUCCCCCCAGCUAACAUUGGACCUUGUUCCUUACCUUGAGACUGCCCAUUGAUAACUCUGCAGUAAAAAGCUAAUAACCCCCAAUCCAUCUAGAAGCUCUUGUCUAAUUAGCCCCCAGGGAGUGCUUUGUACCUGUCCCAGAGAGAGCUCCAAGUCCAGAGCAUGUGGGGUGACAGAUGUUCCUAGGGAUAUGCCCUCUACCAAACCAGCUUUCCUAGCAGAUUCUGGUUUGCCUUUAUCUUGUUCCCCAUUUAGCCAAGUUACAGCUCUGCUCUUUCCAACUUUUUCAGCUUAGAAUCUGGUUUCCAUAGCUUCUGAAGAAGCUCUUCCUUGGGGCCAGCGAGUCCUCUGAUGCCAGGCCCUCAGAGGCCAAGUGUCUGUAUCGUGGUCCUUGUGAGAGUAGCCAGAUAGACAUCUGCUUUGGGGUAAAGAUGCUACCCAGCAUCCUUGCUUGGUAAGGUUACAGAACUGUUUGCCAUUCCCAUUUCUUGCUGUCCUCUCCCUUCGUCCUCACUCCCACCAUCCCAGUAACUCUUAGCUUCUUAGCAGUGUGCUUGGGUUGGGUAGGAGGCAAAACUAGGAAGAAAUCUCACUUGGUGGAUUGUCACUUUUCCACCUUUUCCCCCACUUCCCCUUAACUCAAAUAUAGGCCUUAUCACUGUCCACGUAAGAUGAGCUUGAAAUGAUGGAUGUUAAUAGACAUAUGUAACUAGAAUGCCACAUUAUGCAAUUACUGAUAAAAACCGCACCAGAGGUCCAGAAGUGGACUUAGAAGUGAAAUGUUGGCUGAAAGAAGGCCUCCUAAAAUGCCCACCGGAGUUGACCCCUCUGUGUCCCCCAGUGAACCGCUGCCUCUUUGUCUGUGGCUAGUCUGACGUACCCUCAGAGUUUGGCCAUGAGAUGACAGCACAAAGCCCCUUGAUUUCUUAGAGAAAAAUGAUUCCUUCUCAGUCAUCAGGAAGCCACUUCUCAUGGCCACAAAAAGCAUGAUGUUUCUGUAACAGUGGAACUUCAUCUGAAGCCCCUUUGGGGUUAACUCAGAGAAUAAUGCAUGAAAGUGUGAUCCAUAUUGGCCUAUAGCUUUUGUUCAGUUGUAUAUAUUUCAGAGAGGGUGUGAGAAGGAAGGAUGAGCUCCUUGUAGAGAGAUGAUUCAUCUAAUGCAGCCCUUUAUUUGCAACAUAUCUGAUGUCAGCUGGAGGGCAAUGUGACCCGGGGGGGGGGGGGGGAGAUUAGAACACUAAGUUUUUAGAAUGAAAAAGCAUUCUGGGAAAUUCAUAAAAUGCCCAUAUGGUUUGUUAUGUAGAGUUUGAAAUUUUUUAAAAAAGUCUUCCCAUUUUCCUAAUCAUUCCAUCCCAUUAGCCUGGCUCCCUAAUUUGGCUCACUGGUCCCAAUUCUGUUUCUUCUGAAUAAAUUUCUUCAGUUUCAGUCUAUCCUUGCUAGUUGAGGGGCCUUUUAGGUCCUGGACUUAGACUGCAAGACAUUGAUGGGAAGAAGAUGGGGAAAUUUAGGAUUUGGGAGAAUAUUUAUAAUGUCGAUUUUGACAUAAAGGGUAGAGAGGUGGAAGACUGCUGAGAGGCUGGCCUACCACUAGAUGCCCUUCAGGGGUGUGUGUAAGGCUAUUAACAGGGUUGCUUUGGGAAAGAUGAUUCAACUAGCACUAACUGAAUUUUACUUCCUUUUCUGAGAGCUGAUCCCAUCUCCUUUUCCUACCAUAUCUGGGAUAGUUGGUUUAAAUUCAGUUCAUCUGAGAUUCUCUUCUGUCACCAGCAGAUUUCUUUAGAUGCAUGGUUUAGCAGAUCAUUAAAGGCCCGUGGGAGCAGUGAUAGCAGACUAGUUUCUCAGAGCUUAGUGAGACAUCCUUUUUUUUAAUCUUGAUUUUUUUCUUGAUUCCUUUAUGGUAUGAUCUGCUGAGAUAUAUUUAUUUCUCAAUGCCUUGGGUCUCCAGGCCCUCCUCUUUAAGGGGGCCAACAGGUCUGAGUAGGUCUCAGUUGAAGGGCUCUGCUUCUCAGGGCUGAACACUACAGAAAGGCCUUGUGCUUCAGUGUUAGGAGAGAUUCCUCUAAGUGGACAGAUUACUGGCUCUUUAACCAAAAUAUAUUUAUUGCAUAUUAGAUUUAGUACAGACAUCACAAGGGAUAUUCUUUGCUGAUUGCUUAAAUCUAUAGUUGAUGUUGAUGUUAUGGCCUGUGCCUCAAGCCUGCCUUUUUCCAUGUUGGCUAGACUCUUAGUUCUCUUUCUCUAGCAGCAUCAUUGUAUUAUUUUUAACUUCUAAACCACCUACCUGACAAGAGCCACAGUGGGCAGCUACACUAUUUGGUUAACUUUAAUAGGUGCCUACCCUUCUCAAAUUCCCAGAUCCCUUAGGGUUGACAGAAAAUCUCAAACACUUAUAAGUGGCUAAUGCCAAAGUUCUGCUUCUAACAUUGGUCAUUUGCAACUCCUAAAAGGUAAUGCUUCUGUACACGUUCUUCCAUUGGGGUUGUUUAGAGCGAAAAAUUGAUAAAUCUCAUGUGAACAGGAAGAGCCCAACCCGGAGAAGUCAGACUGGGAAAUGUUAUAUAUAACAUGGACAUAAGAACUGAUGAAUGAUGGGAUGGAAUUUUCUUUGUUGCUAGAGAUAACCUUCACUCUCAUUUACAGAAUGAAUGGGGGGGGGGGGGCAGUGUCUUAUUUUUUCCCCAACCUAAAACAACCAACCAGGCUCCCUAGUCUGCACAUCAGCCACUGGGCAGCCGCUUUGCCCUGCCUCUCAUAACAACAGCCCCUUUCUGCUUUCUCACAGUCAAUUCAUUUGAGCAGGCCCAAUAGCAGGUAUUCUACCAAAAACAAAUCAGUGUAACAAAACAUGGAGACCAGAAGGGGUUAAGAUCCAGCAGACUAUAGACCAGUUAGCUGAGCAAGGCAGCAAACUCUGCCAGAUAUUUGGUAGUCCCAUAGCAGUGUACACUGAAAUAUGAUGGGUACGUAGCCAGGGUGCCUAAACUCCCUUUUGACCAGGAACCAAGGACAUUCUAACGAUUCCUGACUAGAGUGUUUAGCUCUGUUCUUUGUGAAAGACACCGCUGAUGUAAAUUAGGUGCUUGUAGGGUGAAGGCAGAUGUUUCACGUGCCUUGUGCUGGUCUGGUUCUUUCUUCCAAAUGAGUACGAUGGUAGUAAGAGAAUAUGGAUGAACUGAAUGGAGCCAAAUACUGAAUACACAGGCAUAUUGGAAAGUCAGUCUACCUAAAGGGUGUGCUUUGUCUUUUAUAUGUAAAAUAAUUUCCUAUUUCCUUGUAUUUAUCAAAACUGGGUGCUGCUGGAGCCCUCGAAUUGGACACCUAACUAAGAUGUAAAUUUCCUUCCAAUAAGAGGAUGUUGUUUUUUUGUCAUAAAUGUCUUUCAUGUUCCCCAUCUGGAAGUGAUUUCUUGGUGUAUAUUGGAGCGUGACAAUGCAGCUAAUUAAACCAUUAUUGUAUGUCA